AUGAAGGUUACGGUGGUGAUCUCGGCUUUUGCUUUCCUGGCUCGGCCAUUCGCGUCGGCGGCAUCCAGCCUCGCGUACUGUGCGUCAGAGAACACGGGGUCUUCUUUCAGUGCAGUUAGCAACAUAUAUCAAUCAAAUGGAGCUUGUCAAAUUACUUGCGCCAAUUAUGCCCUAGGAAUCCUACAAGGAAAGAGAUGCUGGUGCUCAAACGUUGCUCCCUCUGAUGCGUCGCAAUCCGAUACCUCGGAAUGUAAUAGCUCGUGUCCGGGUUAUCCAGCAGACAGUUGUGGAAGUGCAUCCAAAGGAGUGUUCGCCUACGUGGAAAUUAUGGGCAACGAUGUCACUAGCACAGCCGGUGAUUCACAAACCUCAACAACCACCUCAUCGUCAUCGUCAGCCUCAACAUCAACGUCAACCUCAACGUCAACCUUGAGCUCAACAUCAACCUCAACCUCAUCAACAACGUCGGAUCACACAACCAGUACCUCGGCUACCCUCUCAGUCCAGACCAACUCUGGCGGCCAAGUGAAGACCAUCACCGUGUCUGGCUCAAGUUCGACUGCGGGCGCUAGCGCUGAUUCCGCACCGGCUAGCACCAGCCAUACCAGCUCGAAACUGAGUGGAGGUUCCAUCGCAGGCAUUGUGAUCGGUGUUCUUGGAGGACUCGCACUGAUUGGUGCUCUCAUAUUUUUGAUCCUUUUCUACCGCAAACGUGCUCGUGCCGUCAGCCCUAUCCCAAGCCAGGACAUGGCUGAAGACAGAAAUGGCAGGGGAUCAAGCUUUAUGGGAGGUCUGUUCCCGCGGGGCAAUGGGCAAGGCUCUGCUGGUGGAUCUACUCCCGCUCGUUCGGGCACAAUUUUCACCGAUCGGCGAAUGAAGACCAACACUGUUAUCUACCCGAACGGUGCUCGAGACAGCAGCGUUUCGCUGCAAGACAACGAAGACUACUCUCGUCCUGUUCUUCGGCUUACCAACCCCGACUAA